GCUGCCUCAACAGUUCUUGAAAAAGAUAAUUAUUUGGAUUGGAGUGAUUGGGUAAAAUCUUAUUGGAUGGCUCAAGAUCAUUUGAACAUUGUUGAAUUAACCACUGAACCUCAUAAGCAAGAAGAUGAUGAAGCUGUUUCAAAGGAUGAGAACAAGAAGAAUUUCAUGGCUUUACAAGCUAUUCAAAAUUCUCGUCGGCCAGAUACAGUACUUAUUGAGAUUGAGGCGAUUCAUUCUGCAAAUAUUGCUCGGAAUAUGCCCAACAAUAUUAACACAGAAAAAUCAUCAUUUCCUUUCAUUUCGUUCAAUGAAAACAAAGAGAAACUUGGCAGGGAGGGACAACAAUGGUAUCCCAACGCAGUGAAUGAGAAGAUAACAGAUCAGGGCAAGACAGCUCUUCACAUUGCUGUUGCUGCGGGAGAUGAGGAUAUAGUGGAGAAGCUGGUGGAUCUAAUGUCGGAAGAAGGAUUGGAAAUACAAGAUAAUGAUGGUUGGACAGCUCUAGCUGAGACAGCUUUUGCUGGUAACUACCGGAUGGCAAAGUGCAUGCUUACAAAGAACCAGCACUUGGCCAGCAUUGGAGACGUGGAUGGACGUCUUCCGGCUGUUCUUGCUAUUGAAGGUGGUUAUAAAGAAUUGGCUUGGUAUCUCUUUUCUCUCACUCCACUGGAAUAUCUAAAAGGCGUCAGCGGUGCUACACUUUGUACGAAGGCUAUAUAUACCCGGACGUUAGCUAUUGCUUUGGAUUUACUCGGCAAUGAUCGACAUUUGGCUCUUGCUCUAGACAAAGACGACGUCUCCCCUUUGUAUGCCUUGGCUUCUACACCUAACGCAUUCCCAAGUAAAAAUCAGCUUGUGUUUUGGAAACGAUGGAUCUACGCUCUACAAGCUGAAAUGUGCCAACUAGUGUCAUCUCUCCUGAACCUAGUUUUCGGAAUCAAGGAUUUAUAUGAAAUGGCGUUGGCCAAUUACCAGCACCAUGAACUUAUAUGGUACAUGUGCUGUGAGAUAAAAAUGUCAAAUGAUGAAACAAGGAAGACUGGUUGCGUUGAUACAGCUAUCUUACGUGCUAUCAAGGAAGGGAAUUUUGAGUUUGUUUAUGCAAUAGUGAGAACAAAUCCAGAUCUCUUGUGGUGCAAAGAUGACAAAGGCAGAACCAUAUUUCCGAGUGCAGUCCUAUAUCGCCAAACUAAAAUCUUUAGUCUUAUAUACGGGCUUCAUGUGAAGCUCCCAAAGGUAUACUCUCAAGAUUGCUUCAACAACAAUAUAUUACAUAUGGCAGGAAUGUUAGAAGCUUCUACCCAGCUUAAUCGCAUCCCAGGUGCAGCAUUGCAGAUGCAACGAGAACUACAAUGGUUUAAGGAGGUGGAGAGUAUUGUUAAUCCCCAGCUUAAGGAAGCUUUAAAUAAAGAUGGUUUGACUCCUCAAGAAUUGUUUACCUGCGAGCACAAGGACAUGAGGAAAGCGGGAGAGCAACAAAUGAAGAAUACAGCAAGCUCUUGUACAGUGGUAGGCGCUCUCAUUGUCACCAUUAUGUUUGCUGCGGCCUUUACCAUUCCAGGUGGCAACGACCAAGCCACAGGCUUGCCAAUGUUCCUAAAUAAAAAAUUGUUUAAGCUCUUCAUAGUAUCUGAUUCCCUAUCACUCUUUUCCUCAGCAACUUCAAUAUUGAUGUUCCUAGGGAUUCUAACAUCGAGCUACGAAGAAGAAGAUUUCCUCGAAGUCUUGCCCAGAAAGAUGAUUAUAGGACUUUUUACUCUUAUCUUUUCUAUUGCAUUCAUGAUGAUAGCUUUCUGUGUUGCUCUUUUGCUUAUGUUUCAUGGACAAACAUGGUUUGUCAAUCCGAUCAUUUUUUUGGCUAGUGUCCCAGUCACCUUGUUUGUAUUGAUGCAGUUGCCCCCUCUGAUAGGCAUGGUCAGUUCAACUUAUGGAUCAAGCAUCUUUGAUAGGAAAAUGGAAUGCUGGUUUUAACUAAUUCAUUGUGCUAGUAUGUUGUU